CGGGCUGCACCUUGGCAAACAGGAAGAGUCAGAAAGGGGCAGAGGAAGUGGAGAAAAGCCGCAGAUGUUCAGACCCGGAGAUGCUCCGAAUGCUAUUACAGCUGCUCUGCCUCUUCGUCUACCCGGGGUCAGCAAACCCGGUUCCUGCAAGCAGCUCGGCCCCGCUGGUGGUGAACGGGGCUGUGGGGGAAACCAAGAUGCUGCCCCUGAACUUGACAGGGGUAAACGUCUCCGCCGUCUUCUGGUACCAUAAACAAGAGGCCAUCGCGGCCAUCAGCCCUGGGGCCGAUGGGAACCUGCAUGCCAUCUCGCCUCCCAAAUGGAAGGGCCGCCUCACUGCCACCAGCUCUUUCUCCGUGCUGCUUGGGCCCCUGACGGAGGCGGACGCAGGGCCCUACCAGGCCCAAAUAGAUAAGAUUACUUUAAACUACACUUUGCGAGUCUUCCGCCGGCUGAGGACCCUCAACGUGACCCAUUCUGUCCAGCACUUGGAAAACGGCACCUGCGAGCUGCAGCUGGUCUGUGUCCUGCCCGGGGACACAGGGGACUCUGUGAGGUUCUCGUGGAAGGAGGCCCACGGGGACACGGUGGGGACAGAAGCGAACCUCACGAUGUCCUGGGUCCCCACCGAGCCCCGCGGUGGCCAGCUCAGCUGCACCGCCGAGAACCCCAUCAGCAACGUGUCCGUGUCCAUCAGCCCCGCAGCUCUGUGUGCGGCGUCCGGUGGUGUGGCCGCCCACGUGACGCCAUGGAUGGUCGCCUUGUUCGUGACUGUGGCCCUGGGCCUGCUGCUGGCCUUCCUCAUCUUCUAUCUCCGGAAGACAAGACUCAGAGGCAACUUCUGCGUCUCUACUCGGCAGAUGCCCAAUCCUGCACCAGGACAGACGCCGAGGAACACAGAACAUGUGUACAACAUAACCUCAGGGAACACGGUGUAUGCCCAGGUCACACACCCAACGCAGGAAACGGAAGUCACAGCACCCAAGAGAGACGGCAAGUCCUCUACCAUCUACUCCACCGUCCAGCCGCGCCUAGAGACCUCUUCAUGGGGGCCGGGGGUCAGCCCUAGACUAUGUGGUCUAAGCCGAGAGCCUGGAAGGAAUCGUGGAGGCCCCACUCCUCCAGCCGGGGAUGGUCUCACCUGCCCGCCGGAUGUGAGCGCCGAGGCUAGCCCACCCAGACCCGACCCUGCUUCCCAGACAGAGAUCCACCAAUCAGCUUUUCCGGCCCGUGUCCUGCCCGGCACUUCCUGUCUUCUCCAGUCCUAACUCUACGGAUGCUGAGCAGAGGGUGUCCGGCAGACACUGGCCUUCAGGGACCCUGGACCUGUCUCGCUGCAGAAUGGCCAAGGGAUGGGUGGUGGCGGCGUUUGUGGCCCAGGGCCCCCAGAGAACUGAGCUGCGGCAUCCCCUUGCACACGUGGGAGGCACUGGGGUUCGAACUCUCAGCCUCUCGCUUGCUCCCUAGCUGUCUUAGCACCUGAGCCACCAUCCUCAGGCCCCUGGUCCAUCUUCUUAAACACUCAUCUCUGGGGACGCAGAGCGGGGAGCAUUUUUUUUUUUUGGUUUUGGGGUCACACCCGGCGAUGCACAGGGGUUACUCCUGGCUCAUGCACUCAGGAAUUACUUAAUAUUUUUUUUAAAUUUUUUUUGCGUCACACCCGGCGAUGCACAGGAAUUAUUCCUGGCGGUGCUCAGGGGAUCAUAUGGGAUGCUGGGACUCGAACCCGGGUCGGCCGCGUGCAAGGCAAACGCCCUACCCGCUGUGCUAUUGCUCCAGCCCUAUAAGCGGGGAGCACUUUUAAAACAAGUUCUUUGAGCGGGGCCGUCAGGCAGGCCCCGCCAUGGGGGUGUUCAGAGGCGAGUGGGGGCUGCUCCUGGCAGCCCUCGGCCAGCAGUGCUGAGAGUUCGGUGCAAGCCCUGAGGAGCCUCAGUUCCUUCCUGCCCCGCCCCCGUUUCGCUCCCCUCCCUCCAGCCCCCGCAAGGGCGCUCGGUUGUUUACAGCAGGACUCUGCCCACCUGCGGUCAGCGCGCCCAUGCGGUGACGCCCAGCAGCUGCCCUGGAAACAGAACACGUGGCACGUGGCUCUGGCCCCUCCGUGCCCGGCACCUCCCACACCUGGAGCCCAUCAGGGGUGGCCGUGCUGAGAGCAGGCCUGGACGUGGGGGGGGCGCUAAGACACAGCCGUCCCCUCAUCCACGGGGGCCCAGCACCCCUGAAGGUUACCCAGGGCCACGAGGAGCAACCCUUGAAUAAACCA